AUGCGCACGCGCGCACACAUACAUACAUAUAUUUCUGUGAGGGUAUCAGGGCAUUACAUUCAUCUACACCCACAACUCAAUGUGAGACUCACUCUCUCCCUCCUCCCCCCUUUUUUCGACUUCUGCUGCUUGGACGUGCGCGGCUCAUCCCACAAGAACAACAACAGGAGGAAAAGAGAGAAGCAGAAAGCCAAGCAAGUAAAGCAGAACGACUACCCCCUCCCAAACAAUAUACACCUCGAAGUAUCGCACUGCCUACUUGCGCAGACAGGCAGGCCACUGUACAGCCGCCCCACCUACUUACGUGGCGCAUAUUCAAGCUCGGACAUUCAGGUGAACACACACACACACACACUCAAGGAGCAACAUGAGUGCACCGGCUGUUCGUGUAGGUCCCCUCGGGGCAAUCAACACUGUCUGGGUGUGCCCAGAUCCACAUUCACGCGAAUGGGCAUGUUUGUCACCGGCAUCAGGUAUCCUUAUAUCAAUAGAGGGCGCAGCUUUGUGAAGCAGAUGGGCGAUUCGCGCAGGAUGGACGAGGCAGGCGUGCCGAAGCUGAGCAGUGGUGAGGCAUUCCUGGAGAACAAAAUUCGUACCAAUCCAGAGCUGGGGCCGCACGGCGCCGGGCGAUAUUGGUUGGUGUUGCGUCUGCUACCCGCUGUGCACCUCAUGAACUUCCAGGUGUCGAUCGAGGUGACGGGCCGCGUUGUUACGCAGAAUGACACACGCACCAUCGUCCCUGCUAUAGGUAACGUGCUAUUUGAUGUGGAUGGCGAGGUGACUCCCGCAGCGUUGUUCGUUUCCUUCGAAAGGGACGUUAGCAGGAUCUGCACGUCGCCGCGGCAGAAGGGAGCGCUGCGGCUGGAUUACAUGUGUCUGCCCAUGACAGACCGACCCGAGAUGGAGUACUGCGAGGCGCACAACCUGCACUCCAAUGAGAAGCGCCCGGUAAAGGGCGAUACACCUAACUCCCGACGCACGGAGCCGUGGGGUAGUGUAUCUGGGAUCCUCUACACGGACGCCGACGGCGACGCGCAGCGGCUCACGACGGAGGAAAAGCGUACGCGUUGCUGGGCGGUGGUGCUGUUGAAGAUGCAGGCCGUGAUGAAUAAGGUACUUGAGUAUACCCUCAUCAGCCGCAACGAUGCGCUUCUACUGUGUAGAGAGAAAGGGCAGUGUAUGCGCCAUGAUGUCGGCAUGCGUCUGCAUCGAUGCGCGUGA